CUUUUCAGGUUCGCUGCUAUGUUUGUUAAGUGUGGAUUAAAUAUCCAGGAUGAGUGUGGAUGACUUGAGGAUGAAUCCCAACUAUUUAGCCUAUAGUCCAAUGAAGAGGAAGGAGGCGAACGGGUCCGUCCCCAUCGGGAAUGGUGAUACGAGUGGUCUUUCUGCGUCGUCGAGAGACAAGGAGAAUAAUCAUCACCACCUGUCCUUAGCAUCUAGGCCGAAACACGGUCACAAACACCUGCCGUUCGGUCUUCCUGUGGCACGAACGUCCUUACAUGAACGCAUCGGACGCCGAUCAUCGGCUGCGCCGUCCAUCAACCGUCCCAAUCUUCAAAACCUGAAACGAGUCGAAGCUUCGGCUCAUGUGAUAGUGAACAAUUACGUCCAUGUUCCUCGUGGAGGCGGAGAUAACAACCAAGCCGUCGGUAACAUGUACCGAAGCAACUCGAGCCUUGACUUGGAGGACGAUGUGGAAGUGGAGAGAGGCGCUGUUUCCAUCACCCCAGCAACUACUUGUUCCACUUACAAGAGAGAAUAUGGAAGUCAUGGAUCCAUCGAUGUGCUUGCAAACGAGGGACUCAACAGUGCGGGUCCGAGUCGAAGCAGUACAGUGCCUUCUGAUGUCCCCAGUUUUCUGCGAGAUAAGAGCGAUUCCUUGCCAUCUUCAUCGAUAUCCGGACCGAACACGUCCGCAACAUGUGGAGGGAACGAAACCCCAAGCCCUAAACCCAAGAGCAAGUUCUAUCGCCUUUGGGAGCCGCGAGGUGAGAGGGAGAAACCGAACAAGCAAAAGAAGCAUUCUGUCUCGGAGCCUUCUAUUUUCAAGAAACUGAUGGGCAGCAAAAGUGUCGUGUCAAAUGCUACAACGGAACCACCAUCUUGGACUGGUGAUCGAGUAUCGCUAUCCGCUUCAUCCACCGGCACCCCUAGUCUUGAUUCUUUGUCCAUGCCUAAUCAAAACAUGGAAGGAAUGGACGAUCGGUGGAGGAGGAAGGUGUUCGCCCAUUACGACUGUCAGAGCGUCGUAGCGAAUCUCUCCUAUGCAGCCAGAUUGCGGGGGAUGUUGGCGAAGCGAAGGAAUACGACGACUGGGGCUUCGGCUGCAUCCGUCGGUUCAGCUCGACCUGGAAUCUCCUACAACGGGAACUGUCCAACUUCCGAUCCCUCACCUGAGACCAUCACCGAGACGGACUAUGGAGAUGGGAAAAGCAACGACCUCGUUCUCAGCUGUCCAUACUUUAGGAAUGAGCUGGGAGGAGAACCUCAGCGUAUCGUGGGCCUGACGAGGGAAUCCUCAAGGACUGGGAGCGUAAAAGUGGAAGGCUGGCGACGAGAUGAGCAACACCGUCUUCCAUGGCCAGCAUCUUUGAGCGAAUUGGAACCUCCUCAAGGGAGAGACACAUUAUGGAGACAUGGUACCUGCUCGCUCUCCCAAAAUCCUUUCUGCAUCCAGAAUAUGGAUCGAGGAGCCCAUUACUACGCCAAAUACUUUUAUGGCGAAGACCACCAGAACUGGUUCGGGUUGGAUGAGAGCUUGGGUCCUGUCGCCAUUAGCUUCAAGAGAGAACCAAUUGAAGAACUGCCUAGUACCAAUCAAACUAAAGCCAUCAGCUGCUCUUCCAUUCAGUACCAGUAUCGUCUUCUCGUCCGCACCAGUGAGUUGAUGACUCUGAGAGGAACCAUCUUGGAGGAGGCUUUACCAAGCAUCAGAGCAUAUGGUGGGAGCAGCUCAGGAGCAAAAGACCGCCUUCCAGUCAAGGAAGUAUUAGAGAUUGUUGCUCCUGAGUUGCAGCUUUCCUGCUUGCGACUUGGCAAUAGUGGACAGGGAACUGAAGAGCAGUUAUUAAAGCUUGAUCAGCAAGGCUUGGCAAACCACUUCAAAGUUGGGAUCAUGUACUGCAAAGCUGGGCAAGCAACAGAGGAAGAAAUGUACAACAAUGAAGAAGCAGGUCCAGCUUUUGUGGAGUUUCUGGAAAUGAUGGGAGAAAAAGUGCGUUUGAAAGGGUUUGACAAGUAUCGAGCAGGUCUCGAUAACAAGACUGAUUCUACUGGUCUGUACUCUGUUUAUGCCAAGCAUCAAAGCUAUGAAGUAAUGUUCCAUGUGUCCACAAUGCUCCCAUUCACCCCUAAUAACAGACAACAGUUGCUUAGAAAGCGAUACAUAGGAAAUGAUAUUGUCACCAUCGUGUUCCAAGAACCUGGGGCUCUCCCUUUCACUCCCAAGAACAUCCGUUCACAUUACCAGCAUGUCUUCAUCAUUGUUCGUGUUAUGAAUCCUUGCACUGACAAAACAAGAUAUAGUAUUGUCGUGAGUCGCUUCAAGGAUGUCCCAAUAUUUGGACCUCGCAUUCCAGAACCAGCAUGCUUCCCCAAGUCCAAGGCAUUUGCUGAGUUUCUCCUAACCAAAGUAAUCAAUGCAGAGUUGGCAGCUCAUCGUUCAGAGAAGUUUUCCACCAUGGCCACACGUACCAGGCAAGAGUAUCUCAAGGAUCUGGCUACUAACUUCAUCACCAAUAUUCCCAUUGAGCCUGCUACCAAAUUCUCUGUGCUGUCCUUCACAAACAAAAAGAGGGAGAAAUGUCCUCCUCGCUUCAUCCCAGACAAGAGGACAAGGGGGGGAUUGUCAUGGCUUGUGCAGGUUGAAGACUCGGGACAUAGUCAAUGGAUAGAUUGCAUUCUUGCAGUCUCCGCUGAUACGUUUGCCUUGAUCGAAGAGUCCUCUGCUGAUGUCCUGUUUGCUAUUCCAUGUCGAUGUGUUCUUGGAUGGACCACUCAAACCUCUGCGAUGCGAAUCUUCUAUCAUCAAGGGGAAAGUGUGUAUAUAAGUCCAAGAGAAUCUGACUUGGAUGCAGCUGAGUGCAUGAAGCAUAUCAUUCUGAGGCUACAAAAUGUCACAUCUGGGUGUGAAACCAUGGAACUGAAACUGUCCCGCAACAGCCUCGGUCAACUGGGUUUCCAUGUGCAGCAUGAUGGGCUUGUGUCUGAUGUUGAGAAAUAUGGCUCUGCCUGGCAAGCUGGUCUGCACUCUGGCAGCCGACUCGUUGAGAUUUGCAAGGUAUUGGUUGUCACAUCAAGUCACAAACAGAUGGUUGAUCUUCUCAAGAAUUCAGUGACUGUAGCAGUGACUGUGAUACCUCCACUUGAAGAUGGUGUUCCUCGCAAGGGUUGCAAUUCAAAGGCUUGCCCUUAUACUCUGCUCAAUGAAGAAGAAUCCUAUGAGAAUGUGGGUGAGGGAGAAGGAAUGAGCAGGAUGGGGGAAGCUGAUCUCCAUCCUUCCCAUUCUCAUCCUGGCUCUCGAACCAUCAGUCGUACCCCUAUGCCACCUGCACCUGCUUCAGCUGCUAGUCAUUUUAAGAGAUAUGAGAGGAGUGUAUCCCCACACAGUUCUGGAUAUGGGACUGGUAGCAGUAGCAAAUCUUUCACUACCAGUCUUGAUAGAAAACUGCUGGAAAUAGGAAAUGGAACAUUGACAAGCAAUUCUAGUGAGGAGCACUGGUAUGAAAAUGAACACAUGUGGGGAGAGAGGGAACGAGAAAGAGACCGUGAUCAUGAGAGGAAUUGUGAGGUCAUUGGUAUGACAGGAACUCCUCCUCCACCUCCUCUUCCAGCCCGUAGCACUUACCCCACUCCUCCAGUGCAGCUCACGCCUCGUCGGAAAGAAAACAAUAUGGGAGUGGCACUGUUACAUGCUCCUCGCCAUCAUCACCAGAUCACCUCAUCUAGUCAUGCCAUCAACGAACCUCGAAGUUACUCCAACUAUGUCAAUGCUGCCCACCUGACUUCUUCCCGCUAUAGAGAUGGUUCUGGAAAUCAUAACAAUAAUUAUCAGCCUUGGAGUGCAUCUCUGCAUGACCUCAAUAAGCACCUGGCAUCCUUGGAAGAUCUUUCUGAUUAUGAGAAUGAAGAAGAACCUCACCCCAGAUAUGAGAAAUUCUCUGAGAGACAGUCUAGAUCUCAAAUGCAUCUUGCUGGACCCAGUGAUAGUGGGAGGUAUCUUGUCCCUCCAGAUAGAAGGAAGAAGCUCUUCCAUAAGCCUGGAGAAAAUGCAUCUCAUGAAUGUCUGGUCAAGUCCAGUAGUCUUCCAAUGGAUCGUCUUCUUGGUGGAGAUGUUGGCUUUUCUUUGCCUCCCACUGUCACUGGUGCUGGAGAUGGCCACUCAACUGACACUAGCUCAGCCAGUGAUCGUCUCCUAGGUCACCGUAGUGAAGAUGAAUUGUCAUCUGGAAGCGUGAGUAUAAGUGGUCUGUGUCUCAAGGGGAAUCAUCUUGGCCAAACACAUAUACCUCGAGAACUUCGGGCUCCUUCCUCAUCAAGCAGUCGAACUCAAAGUCCUCGUUCAGUAACAGAAGCACGCCUUCGCCCAGCUGCUGUCACUUCCCGUGGUUCUAGUGCCCGCAACAGUGCCAACCUUGGGGGCAGCUCUUUGCAGGAAGAUCUCCUCAAGCUUAUUGACCCAGAUGCCAUCAAUAUUGAAGAUUUAAAAUCUCCUAGUUCUGACCCCCAGGAUGACUUGAAUUGCUUAUCUGCCAAGGACCUUCAAGGUAAAGAGAGGAAUGGUGUUGUUCCAUCAUUGCCAUCAUCAUCAUUGUCUCAAAGCAAAGUCUCAGGAGCAAAUGGUGAUGUGAUAGUCACCAUGGCUAGACCAGCUACUGUUCUUUCCAGUGGCAGCUCUAGCCCAAGUUACUCACAGAAAGCAUCGCCUGAAGACUACAAGAGGUGGUCUCAAGAACUGGGGAUCCCGAUGAUGAGAUCAAAAGAGUUUGACUGGAAUAGCCUGGUGGCUGUUGCCACAGAGGCCAUGAAUCAGAGCAGAGAUGAAGGUCAUGCUUCUCAUAACCAUUUGUGGGUUGAUGGGUUUGCUGAAAAAAUUGGACUCACCCUCCCCUCUGGUUCCUGCUCCCUUGGAUGGAUGGGGUCAUGUCCAGAACUACAAGAAAAGAUUUUGUCACUUGAGAAGGCACUAGAACAGGAGCAAGAGCAGAAGCAGGUGCUUGCCAGUGAAUUGGAACAGUUGCGAUCUGCAAAUCGAAGGCUCCAAGAGGAAAGCCAGACAGCAGCUCAGCAGUUGAAGAGAUUCACCCAAUGGUUCUUUGCCACCAUCAAUAAACGGACCGAAAAUGGAGAAAUUGGGCCGUCGCCACCUUCUCCACCUUCUCCUUCCUCUUCCCUGCCUUCAUCUGCCUUAAAAGCUACAGCGGCUGCAGCCCGUACUUGAUGUGAUAGAUAAAAGUCAAAGAUGAGGACUUUUUGGGAUCUCUCACAGCUGUCUGCUUCAAAGCCAAAGAUUCUAUUCUUCUUCCUGUGCUGUUCUUCCAAAGUUUCAUGCAUGACUAGCGUUUUCAGGGACUUAGCAUGUAAAUCCCAUUUUGUCUAAUUUUUUUUUUGCAUUCUGUUGGUUGAUUGGUUGUUGUUCUGUGGAACAUGUUACUCUGGUACCUGCAUACCAAUAACUUCGAAUGAAUGACUCUUAGAUGCAAGAGAGGGAAAAAGACCUUGUUGACUAUUUUAUCAUACCAGAGGGGCCUUAUCAAGAGUCUGCGUACUCAUUCCUAUUGACAUACAUAGCUAUGCAAAAGAGUUGCUCCCUCCAUCCUUUUACACCCAACAUUUAAAAGAUUUUAAAUAAAAAUCUGAUUUUUUUUCACA